GGAUUUCCGGGAUCGCGAAAUUGGAAGAUGCAAACAAUUCUGGUGGUAGAAAUGCUAAAGACUGUACUUUAGUCCUUACCGAAGGUAACUCUGCAAAAACUUUGGCGGUUGCCGGGCUUUCCGAA